CCCCGGUAGGGGUGUAUCAAAGUGGGCCUUUGGUGGGAUUACUCUGUUCAGCAGUCCGUUCUUUGAAAACCCUGAUAUGGACACUCGAACUGUUCCACGAUGAUUAUGUAUUGCUUUUUAUCCAAAACCCAGCUUGAUAUAGUCAUCGGACCGGUCGUCGGAAGCGCAUUAGUUGGAACACUGGGAUGGAGGUCAGUAUUUCUCCCGGAAACUCAGAUCCGUAGUCGGAAACUGGUCGGAAACGAAAGUCUUCCCAUAAACUCAUCCAUUCUCCACCAACUACUCAACCGAAUUGUCAGCCGAGGUCGCACCAGAGGGUGGUCACAACUGUCUCUCAAAUCAAAACCUUUCAAGAAUUCCUCCCAAAUCCUCCUCCGAAAACCCGACGUCACCCUUAUCCUUUUCUUCAACGGAACUGUCAACACAGUAUACUACGCCAUAAUCUCAUCCCUGUUCGCUUCGGCGUAACCGCAAUCGGGUGAAACGGAAGUCGGGUUGUGUUUUCUGGCGAUAGGGGGAGGGAGUUUCUAGGGAGCUUGAAGAGUGGGAAGGUGUUGGAUUGGGAGUUUGGAAAGAUCAAGAAGGAGGAGAAAAAGGAAGAGGGAAGGGUCUGGAGAGAGAAGAGGAACAAAGGAAAUCGGGAAGGUACAGUGAGGAUUUCCCGAUCAAGAAGAGUAUGGACAAAUUCGGGCCUACAGCCCAGACAGACCCGCA